AUGAACGUGGUUCUUACAGCUUUGUUGUUCGUGGUGGCACAAGUCAGUGCCUUGCAUUUCUAUCUUCCUACUGGCAACACCAGAUGCUUCUUUGAAGACUUGCCAGCUCGCGCGUUAGUGGUUGGCAAGCUUGAAGCAUUCGAGUACUCUGAAACCACCAACGAGUACUUCAAGACAAACAACUUGAGAUUGCAGAUCACUGUUGAUGAGACUUUCGACGCGAACCACAGAGUCGUGGACCAGAAGUCCAACCCAUCUGGUGAUUUCACCUUCACUUCCUUCGACAAGGGAGAGCACAGAUUCUGUUUGACCCCAGUGUACCAGGAUGGAACUAAGGGUAAGUGGCACAGAAUCUUCUUCGAUGUUGCCAUUGGAGCUGCCGAGGACUACGCUGACUCCAAGUCAUCCCACAAGGUGGAUGCUUUGACUUUGCAGAUCAAGCAGUUGAACGAAAAGUUGAGAGACAUCAACUACGAGCAGGAGCAGAUCAGAGAGAGAGAAGCUAUUUUCAGAGACCAGUCUGAGAGCACAAACUCCAGAGUUGUCUGGUGGAGUAUAAUCCAGUUGGCUGUGUUGGUUGGUACUUGUGCCUACCAAUUGCGUCACUUGAAGAGUUUCUUCGUCAAGCAAAAGAUCGUGUAA